CCCUUCUCUUCACUAUAAUAACUGACCUGUUCAGAUUCACACACACACACACACACCUUGGAAUUGAAUUUUCCUAUUCUUUCUUGCCCACCUUUUUUUUCCCCUUUUUUUGUGUUAUAUUUACUCAAAACCAAACAAACACCCCCUCUGAAAUCUCUGACCCGAUAGUUUAGUCACAAAAUCUGCAUGUGUACGUCGUUUCUUUAAAGACCCUUUAAUAAUAAUAUAUGGGUUUAUGCGUAUAAUAGUAGAGGUAGACCUUGUAUAAAAAAAGAAAAAACAGGCAUCCUAGGGCAGUCUCUUUUCCCUUUUUCCAAGUCUUAGCAGUUACUUUUAUCGUAUCUCUUUCUAUUAUUAUCACAAAUCACCUCCUAUAUAUAGAUUCACCCUUCCAUUUAUUUUCCUGUCCCUUGUUGUCACGGAGCAGAGAUCAGGAAGAACUUAAAGUCUUGGCUUUCGAGAAUCCCAAUUCAUUUCAAGAACUCUAUUAUUUGGUCUCGGGGUUUUGAUAGGGAUCAGGAUUGGUUUUGUGGUUAUAGAAGAAUGGCAAUACAAGCACAGUUUCCAUAUUGUGGAGGGUCACAGGAUUUGAUGGAUUAUGGGUGUGGAGGUUUGAAUCAGUACUUCAAUGUUCAGCAACAAAAACAGCAGCAGCAGCAGCAGCAAUGCAACAUGCAUCAGCUACUAAAUUAUCAGCUUCAGAGGAAUCAAAAUCUUUUCUUUGACAAUACUCUUGCUUCUGCUUCGAAAAACAACAACAGUGAUCAUCUUUCAAUGGGUAUCAUGGCCUCCUAUGAUGAGAAGCAAAGACAAGAGAUUGAUCACUAUAUCAGACUGCAGGACGAGAGACUGAGAUUGGUGUUACAAGAGCAAAAAAGGCAGCAGCUUUCGUUAUUGUUAAAGAAAGUAGAAUCAAAGGCCCUGCCGAUAUUGAAACAAAAGGAUGAAGAAAUAGCACAGGCAGCUAAAAGAACGGUGGAGCUUGAAGAUUUCUUGAAGAAAUUAGAGUUCGAGAAUCAAACAUGGCAAAGAAUGGCUCAAGAAAAUGAAGCCAAAGUUAUUUCUCUCAACAACACAAUUGAACAACUGAGAGAAAAUGCAUCAAGUUGUUUUAACAAUGGGGCAGAAGAUGCAGAGUCUUGCUGCGAUGUUAGCAGAGAAGAGGAAUGGUUUCUUGAUGACGCUGAUGAUACGGCAAGAAAGAUGGUGAUGGUAUGCAAAGUAUGUAAUUCUAGGAAUUCGUGUAUUUUGUUCCUUCCUUGUAGGCACCUUUGCUCUUGUAAAGCUUGUGAUGCCUGUCUUGAUGCUUGUCCAGUGUGUCAAACACCAAAGAAGGCUAGUAUUGAGGCUUUAAUGGUUUAGAUUCUCAAGAAAUUUUCCGGGAAAAGUGAAAGUGAGAUAGUAAAAGAACGGGAAAGGGAUCGAGAAUUGAUGACUUGUUGUGCAUUUACUCCUUACUAGGGGGGUAUUGGAUUUUCUUUUUCUUUUUCUGUUCAAUCUCUUUAGUUAUUUUUUCUUUUGCCUCUUUAGGGCCUUGACCCUUAUGUGUUCAUAAUUGUACUUUAAACGAGUAGCAAGAAAUCAAUCAAACAUAUCGGACACGAUUACAGGAC